UAAAUGCCUACUGUGUUCCAGGCGCUGUGCCAAAGCUACAAAUCUGAUCUCAUUGGACCCUCACAACAACCCUGAGAGACUCGAGUACCCGUUCUCCCCAGCCCGGCCUAGUCAGGGGCACGCCAUCCUUGACCAGGAGCCUGCCCUUCCCGCGUCUUAAGCUGCUGCCCGGAAAGUGUGAGCGAAGAUAGCGGCCGCCACCCCUGGGCGCCGCGCCCAAGGCUGGCGCUGGUCCCCGCACCACUGAGGCGAGUGUCCCAGGGCUGGACCGCAUUUCUGGCUCUCCCUUCACCCCCUGCAUCAAGGCCCAGAAAGCGCAAGAUCUGCCCAAUGCCACACAGCAGGCACAGGGUGAGCCAAGACAGCCUUCCCCCGAGGCCACAUAGCUCUAGAACCUGAGAACUCCCCAGGCCCAGCCCCGACAGCCUCCUCCUCUUCAGCGCACACUGGGAAAUCCUCCAGCCCCCUCCUGCCCCGCCCUCUCCACCCCGCCCCGAAGCUGCAGCGCGGCUCCAGAAGAGGAGCUCAUGCUCCAGGUGGCAGAGACGGUAAAGGACACUGAGGCAGCAGCGGCAGCUGGAUGGCAACUUCCACUAGGGGCCCUGGCCCCCAGCCCCUAGAGAAGGAGGAGGACCUCCCUCAGGACAGGCCUUCUGGGCACCUCUCGGUGAUCUCUAAGCUCUGUUACAGCAUUGGGGGGGCCCCCAACCAGGCAGCCUCCAGUGCAGCAGCCUUCUACCUGCAGCUGUUCCUGCUAGAUGUGGCCGGGAUCCCCGCAGUUCAAGCCUCGCUUGUCGUGUUUGUGGGUAAGCUCUUGGGGGCUGCAGCUGACCCCGCAGCUGGCUUUAUCAUCAGCCGGAGCCCACGGACUGCUCUGGGCCGCCUCACACCCUGGAUCCUGGGCUGUUCGCCUUUUCUGGCCCUCACCUACUUCUUCCUGUGGUUCCUGCCCCCCAUUGGCCGUCUUCAGGGUCUCUGGUAUGCAGCUUUCUAUGGCCUCUUUCAGGCCCUGUCCACGCUGCUCCAGGUCCCAUACUCAGCCCUCACUAUGUUCCUCACUCAGGACCAGGAGGAGCGAGAUUCGGCCACUGCCUACCGGAUGACCAUGGAGAUGGCUGGCACGCUGACUGGAGCCACAGUCCAUGGCCUCAUUGUGGCUGGUGCACACAAGGCUCCCAGAUGCCCCGAGGCCAACCUCACUGACCCCCUUCUGUCUGUGGCCUCCAGUAUCUCUCCCCACACGAGCCAGCUUUACAUGAUUGCUGCUGGGGUCAUCGCGGGAACCUACCCCCUGUGCACGGCCCUGCUCGCCCUGGGGACUACAGAGGAAGAUGAUGGCUACAUCCUUGAGCAACGGAGGGUCCCCUUCUUCCAGGGGCUCAGCCACACUCUCCAGCAUCAGCCAUACCAGAAGCUUGUGGCUUCCUUCCUGUUCAUCUCUGCUGCUGUCCAGGUUCAGCAAAGCUAUCUCGUCCUGUUCUGCACCCACGCGGCCCCCCUGCAUAGCCACAUGCAGAAUCUGGUGCUGCUGGUACUGGUGGCAGCUGUCCUGAGCACCCCAUUCUGGGAAUGGUUCCUGCAGAGAGUCGGGAAGAAGGCAGUGGCCUAUGGGAUCGGGGCAAUGGUGCCUUCCGCGCUCCUGCUCGCAGCAGUCCCCACUGCCCCCGUGGCCUACGCUGUGGCCUUCGUGUCAGGCACCAGCAUCGCCCUGGCCUCGCUGCUGCCAUGGUCCAUGUUGCCGGACAUUGUGGACGACUUCAGACUCCACAAAGUUCCUCUGAAGGGCUUGGAGACCAUCUUUUACUCCUCCUACGUCUUCUUCACAAAGCUAUCGGGGGCCGGGGCUCUGGGCAUCUCCACCCUGAGCUUGGAGGCUGGGGAGAUCUCCCAGCUCUUCCUGUUCCUGGGAGUGUUUGGGGCCAUCGCUGGCUGGCCGGUCCUGCCACUCACGCUGUUUGUCUGUGACCGUUCUGCUGUCCAGAGCCUGCUCACAUUUAGGGUUUGGGCUCAUUUCAUCCCCAUAACAAUCAUAGGAGGUAGGUGCUCCUAUUUUUCCCAUUUUACAGAUGAGGAAACUGAAGCCCAUAGAGGCUAAGUUACUUAUCCACGGUCACAUAGCCAGGGAGACUCUGGGCACUGCCAGGGGUCCUGUCAUAGGCCUCAGUUUUCCCCUGCUCCCUCAGCCUGCCUGCCUGGUGUCUCUUAUCAGUCACUGGGGCCCAGAACAAGUUCUCCAGGUGAGGUCUGACAAGGGCAGAGGAGGGCAGGACCAUCACUUUCUGUAUCUUGUAAGGCGGCCCCAUUUUGAAUGAAUGACUAUGACAUUUACUUAUAUGGAGCUUGUGGCCCACUCAGACCCCGAGAUCUUUUUCCAAGACAGUUCCCUGACCAUGUGCCCCCUUAGUUUUUUGGACCCAAGUUUGAGCCUUGUAUUGGUGCCCACGGCUCUGGCUGGUCUAAAUUUCUUGUGCUCAUGGCUCUGCCAUGCAGGGUGUUAGCCCUGCAUCCAAGCUUUGUGUCCUCUGCAAAUCUGAUGAACAUGCCCUCAAUGCCUUCUUCCAAGUCACUGAUUAAAAUGCUAAACAGGGCAAAGGGACACAAACAUUUACAUAGCCCCUACUACAUAGCCCUAGGCACUUUACAAUGAUUAUCUCAUUUGAUCCUUGCUGCAACCCUUCAAGGCAGGGGCUGUUAUUCCUAUUUUUUAGCAGAGGAAACUGAGGUGGACAGAGGUAAAGUGACUUGCCCAGGGUCCCCCAGCUAGCAACUGUCUGAGAUUGGGACUCAGGUCUCCUGGCUCCAGGCCCUGGCUCUGGGCACUCUGGCACCCCCUAGACACUUCUGCAUGGUGCCCCAGCCACCCCUGGGGUACUUCUUCCUAACUGGAGUUGGACCUUUAAUGACUCAGCAGGCACAUAGGGCGUGCCCAUUUCUCCAGCUCCAACUACCAUCACUGGGUCCAUAUCUAUCCAUCUUGUCCACAAGUGUCUGCUGAAAUCCGGGGCCAGUCAGUGGGCUCUAGUUUUCCCCAGGUGACCCCCAGAGAGUGUGACAUGCUGGCUUAUGUUUGGGGCUCGGAGGCGGCUGCAGACACUCACCAUUAGGUCCUGGCCGGAUUACUUGGAUUUUCUCAUUUGGAUGAUAGGGUAAUGAUGCCUGGCCACACCUCGCAGGUCUGCCAGCGUGGUAAGAAUGGGAGGGAUGAUACUGUCCGAUGUCCCUGCUGGGGCUUGUUCUUACCAGGAUAGGACCUCAGCUAGGGCUGGUCAGCAGUGGGGCACCCUUGCUCAUCAUGGGGACCAACUCUCCUUUAACUGUUUGGGUUCCAUCCUUUCUGGUUUCCAGAUCCCUCGUUGUCCUUUCCAGAGGGAAGUACGCCUUCCUUCUCUUGGGGCUCCACCCCAAGCAAUGCCCUUCUCCCUCCUUGGAUCUCCCUCAGAGAGGCGGCCUGGCCUGGCCUGGCCGCUAAGGAGCUGGCCAUGGUGAGGAAGUCCUGCCUCAGACCAUUCUAGCAGGUCCCUUCACCUCCCAGUGCCCCCCAGGAAACUCCUGAGACUCUGAGCUGCAGAAUUGGUGCAGAGCCCCUGCUUGGGGGUGAAUGCAAGAAGUCUGGGCUGGUCCCUAUUGUUCAAGAGAUUCUUUUAGAUGCCUUUCAUGUCCCUGGUUGGCCCAAGCUCCUGAACUGUACACUCCUGACUCUUUCCUUGUGGGGCCAGACCCUACUUCUGGGCCUCUGCUCUUGCUACCUGCCCUCACUUCCAUCUUCUGGACAUCCACACUGGCCAAUGAGAUUCUUAUGCAUCAAUUGAUCUAGACAGCUUCCCCUUUCCCCCCUCACUGGAAUUGUUUCAGCAUCUUCAGGAUUUCAUUCUUGAGCAUCUCCUACCCUUGAGGGGCUGACUUUCCCUGAAGAAUUUGAGUCUCUGAGAUCCUUUCUCUGAGCCCUUGGAAAAUAGCUCUCCUGACAUCUAUGGUACCUCUUGGGCUAUGUCCCAAUUUUUCUCUCCUCCUCCUCUAUCAAGAACUCUGGGAUAGAGUGCUGGUUACCUCAGGGUUCCCAGCAUUCUCAUAUCAGCAACCAGUUAGUGAGAAUUAGGUGAGAAAUAGGAUUUCUCCUGAUUGAUUCUUCUACCUUUUGAAGGAUGAAAUUAUUAGUAAGAUAAAUCAAGGUGUUAUUAGAUGCUCUUCCUUUGGCAAAAGUUAGGGGAGAG